UUUGACUGCUACUGGAAUGAUAACUUCCGGGACAAUGUUGAAAAAAAAACAAACAAAUAGGCCUGAAUUAAAUAGUAUUACAUACUUCCCAGAUUAAAAAGGAAAAGCUGCCAGAUUUCUAGUGAGACCAGUGUAACAGUCUCACAAGAUAAUGAGUGAUCAUGAUAACUAUCGCUCUCUUGUGCAAGCACCAAUGGAAUCACCAUUAAAUUCAGCUCACACCUUCAGCAGAAAUGCUGAUAUGUUUACAAAAAAUAAAAACUAUGAAGAAGCUAUUUCAAGCCUACGAAAGGCAGCUGAAUGCUUACUCCAGGCGAUGAGCAGUGUGAAAGAUUCUCCAACACUUAAAGAGUCUAUGGCUCUCCAGCAUAAAGCCUACUUGUUUCAGAUUGAUAGACUACAUGCAAAGAGUCAGUUACUUGAACUUAUGAACAAUAAAACUACAAAAACUAUUAGCAGGGCCACUCAGACAGAUUGUCUUAAUCAUAUUGAAGUAACAAAUGGAAUUUUACUAGAUGAGGAUUCAGUGUAUCAAAUUUUGAGAGAAAAUGAGGAUUUAAUGAAGCGAUGCCAUCUGAAAAAUUGUGAAAAACAGGAUAACAUUCAAAUAUCACUUUCUGAUGAUAAUAGCAAUAUUUCACACAAGGAUGAUAGUUUAUCAAAGCUCAAAUUAAAUCAGAGUUUAUUCAGCAGUGAUGCACCAAGCAAAGAUGAAAUUAUAAAAGUAAAUGAAAAACUCACUAAGGCUGUACAUAGCCUCUUGCAAGAGCUUGGUUCAACUAAAGCUGAGAAAAAGCAGAUGGAAGAAAAGCUAAGUGAUAGUCAGGAAAUGCUGAAGGCCGGCAGUAAUGUUUUACAAUUUUCAACUCUUGAUCGACCCCCUUUGGAAGUUUCUUAUCCUGAACUUGCUAACUUUUCAUGAACCCUGUAACACCAGAUUUAUAUUGUCAAAUUUGAUGUUGGAUUUAGAGUAACCUUCACAUUAUUUAAUACAAAUGUGAAGUUGAACUGAAAUUUUUUAAAAGACAAUUAUUUUUGUUUUUUAGAGUUGCUAACUCAGAUUUUGUAAUUUAUCAAGUAUAAUUUUUUACCAUUAUGAUUAUUAUUCAAAAGAAUAUUUUAAAAUCUUAUUUCUUCAAUCUUGGCCUCUUGAAGGAAAAAGUGAAUCAGACAAUAAAUCUCUUGAUAACUGUUGGAGGUAAAUGCAGUAUCUCGAGAGGCAAUUGUGAUUUUAUAAAUGUGACAUUUUCUUGGAUAACUUUAAAAAUUCUGGGGGGAAAAAAUUACAUUGAUAAUGCUGCACAAAAGACAUGUAGAAAAAUAGCAUGAGUGCAGGUUGUGAUUGUAGGAUUGAUGGAAAAAUCAAAUUUUCCCUUAGAAUAUCAAUUCAUUUUUUGUGGACGUAAUUAAGUGUGACUUAGAUGCAGUAAAAUGACUGAAAGUUUUAUUGAAUAAUUUUAAGAAAGAUAUUAACUAUUGAUUAAUCAGUAUGUAAAAACUUGCAGUGAUGUCAAAUAACUAUGGCAGAGAAUUGGCAGCCACAACAUUGCAUCAGAGUGUUACAUUUACAACUGAAUUUUCAUUAUCACAUUAUCAGGGGUGUUGAAUUAAUGACAACAUGAACUAAAGUACCUAUAAUAGGUAAGUUGUUGCUAUUAAAUACUCUUCUGUGGCAAUGCCAAUAAAUUAGCCAUAGAGUGAAAAGCUUUGUUUAGAAGUGACAUUUCUGAUAAAUGCAGUUUGUACAAGUUUAAAUGAUGUGUUGAAAAAAUAAAUAAAGUAACUUAUUUCAGUGUAUUGGUAUUAUUUAAAAUGUAUUG